AUGGCUAUUUCCGAUUGGGCGAUUUUUGACGAGAUUCGUCGUAUGAAUUUGAGACAAAUCACGUAUCAGUGUCUCAAUUUUGCAAUGGUUGUCUCAUCAGCUCUGAUGAUUUGGAAAGGACUCAUGUUUUUCACCGGAAGCGAAUCGCCCAUCGUUGUCGUUCUUUCAGGUUCAAUGGAGCCAGCUUUUUACCGAGGAGAUCUUCUAAUGCUAACCAAUGAUCAGUCGGAUCCCGUGCGCGCUGGUGAUAUCACCGUGUUCAAAAUUGAUGGUCGAGAUAUUCCGAUUGUUCAUCGUGUCAUCAAGGUUCACGAAAAGGCCAAUCACGAUACGAAGCUUUUGACGAAGGGUGACAAUAAUCAGGUGGACGAUCGUGGUCUCUACGCGGCUGGUCAAUUGUGGUUGAAUCGAACGGAUGUGGUGGGACGAGCAAAAGGAAUCGUGCCUUAUGUCGGAAUGGUGACCAUCCUGAUGAACGACUAUCCGAAAUUGAAAUACGCUGUGCUUGGCGCGCUUGCUUUGUUUGUGAUUCUUCAUCGGGAACAA